AUGGAAGACCCUGCGCCCUCGCCGACCCCACUUCUCGCACGCCGGCGCCGCACCUACGUCGGACGCGACAGAGCCCUCAUCACUGCGGGCUACGUCGGCUCCUUCUUUGCGAUCGGCGUCUGCUUGGCCUCGCUCGGGCCGCUCUUGCCAGAGCUGGCCUCAAAGACGGGUCGAACCCUGCCGGAGCUCUCCUUCCUCUUCGUGGCCCGCUCGGUCGGCUAUGUGCUCGGGUCGCUGCUCGGCGGCGUGAUCUUCGAUCGGGUUGACGUCACACACGCCCCUCUCGUCGUCGGCAACCUGCUCUGCGCCCUCGGCUGCGCCACGCUGCCGUCGCUCUCCGCGCUGCCGAGCCUCGCCGCCGCCAUCUCUACGCAGGGUGCCUGCAUGGGCCUGCUCGACACGGGCGGCAACGUGCUCCUCAUCUGGCUGCAGGGCCCCACCCGCGUCGAGCCGUACAUGCAGGCGAUGCACGCCGCCUUCGCCGUCGGCGCCGUCGCCUCGCCGCUCUUCAUCGAGUGGGCCCUGACGGAGCUGCGCUCGUUUGCUCCCGCCUUCUACUCGAUCGCCGCCUUCCUCGCGCUCUGCAGCCUGCCGCUCGCAACUUACCGCGGGCCUCUCGCCCCGGCGGAGGACGCGGCCGCACGAGGCGGCGGCGGCGGCGACGGCGUGAAGGACCGCGGCGAGAGGGAGGCGGCCGGGCGGCGCUGUGCGGUCCGCGCGCUCGUGUGCGGAAGCGCGCUCUGCCUCCUCUUCGCGGUCGGCGCCGAGGUGACGUUCGGCGGGUUUGCGACCACUUUCGGCAUCGAGGCUCUCGCGAUGAGCGACGGCUCCGCGCGCGGGUUCGCCUCGGUCUUCUGGGGCGGUCUCGCGGCGGGGCGGAUCGCGGCGGUGCCCGCAGCGGCGCGCCUCAGUCCCGCCACGAUUCUCGGCGCGUCGAUGGCAGGCAGCCUGGUCUUCUCCGCAACGGCCUGCCUGCCCGCCGCGCCGCCGGCGGUGCCGUGGGUCGCCGCCGCCGGCUUCGGCUUCUCGCUCGCCUCGAUCUUUCCGACUGUGCUCACGCACGCCGAGCGCGCCACCCGCUUGUCCGGCCGCGUCGCCUCCCUCUUCGUCGUGUCGGCCGCCGUCGGCGAGCUGCUCAUGCCGCUCUGCGUCGCGCUGCUCUUUGUGCGCACUCCGGCGGCCUUCCCUCGCUCCGUCCUCGCCGCGUGCGUCGCGCAGACCGUGGCUUUUGGCGUGGCCCACCGCGCGGCUCGCCGCUUGUCGAGAGGGGUACUUAGAGGGAUGGCCGCUAGGUAG